UCUCUCUCUCUCUCUUCUCUCGCUCAAGAGGGAGACAGUGAGAGGGCAAAAAUGCCAGGAGAUCAGGAGGUAGUCGAGGAGGGUGAGAUGGAGCAGAUGGGUGGUGGGAGCAGGGAGGGCUUGAAAGAGAAGAAGAUGUCGUGGGGUGCCAUGCUCAAGAGGCUCGAUUCUCUUGAUGUCGAAUCCGCUAAGAUGCCCCAUGGACAUGGCCACGGACAUCACAACUUCGGUUGGGGGACGACACUGAGGUUGGCGUUCCAGAGCAUCGGAAUCGUCUACGGCGAUAUCGGGACGUCGCCACUUUACGUCUACGCAAGCACCUUCACCCACGGCAUCAAGAAUGAGGACGACAUCUUGGGAGUCCUCUCCCUUAUUUACUACACUAUCAUUCUCAUCACCAUGGUCAAGUACAUUUUCAUUGUUCUACGCGCCAAUGACAACGGAAAUGGCGGCACGUUUGCGCUGUACUCACUGGUGUGCCGGCACGCGAAAGUGAGCUUCAUCCCCAAUGAACAAGCUGAGGACAGGGUCCUGUCAAACUACCAGCUAGAGCUGCCAAGCAAGAGGCUGAAAAGAGCAUCUUGGUUGAAGAAGAAGCUUGAAAGCACAGCUGCAAGGUAUGCCUUGCUGAUGAUGACCAUCCUUGGAACUUCAAUGGUGGUUGGAGAUGGAAUCCUCACUCCUUGCAUCUCUGUGCUCUCGGCAGUAGGUGGGCUCCAAAGGGCGGCUUCUUCAUUGACUCAAGACAAGAUUGUGAUGAUCUCUGUGAUCAUCUUGAUCUGCCUCUUCCAAGCACAGAGGUUCGGGACCGAUCGAGUAGGCUACACUUUCGCCCCAAUAAUUUUUAUCUGGUUCGCGUUCAUCGAGCUAAUUGGCAUCUACAAUUUCAUCAAAUAUGACCCCAUGGUCAUCAAGGCCUUCAAUCCGGCAUAUAUUAUUCACUAUUUCACGAGGAACAAGAAAGAGGCAUGGGUUUCCUUGGGAGGAGUUGUUUUGUGCAUUACAGGAACAGAAGCGAUGUUCGCCGAUCUCGGUCAUUUUACAGUCCGUUCAAUACAAAUUAGUAUGUGCUCUAUAGUCUUCCCGGCACUCAUCUGUACGUACACAGGUCAAGCAUCUUAUCUCCGUAAAAACAGCCAUAAUGUUGGUGAUACCUUUUAUGCAUCAAUUCCAGGACCUCUGUAUUGGCCAAUGUUCGCUGUGGCUGUAGCAGCAUCUAUAAUUGCAAGCCAGGCCAUGAUCUCCGGCGUCUUCUCCAUUCUCCAACAAGCAGUCUCACUGGGCUGCUUCCCGCGUGUGAAAAUUGUUCAUACAUCUGCAAAAUAUGAAGGCCAGGUCUACAUUCCCGAAGUCAACUUCCUACUCAUGUGUGCAUGUAUUGGUGUUACUGCAGGAUUCCAAACUACUGCAAAAAUUGGCAAUGCAUAUGGGAUUGCUGUGAUGACUGCAGAGGCAAUCACAUCUGCCUUCCUUAUACUAAUUAUGAUAAUGAUAUGGAAGAAGAAUAUUUUCUUGGUUAUUGUAUACAUUCUAACCAUAGUUCCAGUUGAGUAUAUCUACCUGAGCUCUGUCUUCUAUAAGUUCCUUGAAGGAGGUUACCUACCGUUAGCCUUUGCUUCUGUCGUGAUGUUCAUCAUGUCUGUGUGGAACUAUGUGCACCGGACCAAGUACAUAUAUGAGAUGCAAAACAAAAUAUCAACAGAGAGAGUCAGAGAAGUGGCCAGCAAACCCCACAUGCACAGGAUGCCAGGGCUUGGUCUCUUUUACUCUGAGCUAGUGCAAGGCAUUCCACCAAUAUUCAGUCACUAUGCUUCCAACAUCACAGCCCUGCAUUCAGUUCUGGUCUUUGUGGCCAUUAAACCACUUCCAGUGAGCAAAAUUAUCCCUGAAGAGCGUUUUCUUUUCCGACGAGUCGGACCACACGAGCUUCGUGUGUAUCGAUGCAUUGUCAGGUAUGGCUACACUGAUCUGAGAAGUGAGAAGGAGAGAUUUGAGGAGCUGUUGAUCGAGAGGUUGAAGGAAUUCAUCAGAGAAGAGGCAUCCUUCAUGCCAAGACAUGACGAUAGCGAAAACCUGGCUGAAAACGAAGACGCUAGUAUGGAUUCAUCAGAUAGCAGUAACCCAGCAGAUAACAGGGGAAGUACUAAGCAUGUUGUAUUAAGUCAUACAGGAAAUGUGGAUCCAGCAGAGGAGUUGUCCAUGGUAGACAGAGCAAGCAAUGCUGGCAUCGUCUAUCUGUUGGGUGAGACUGAGUUAGUAGCUAAACAAGGAUCAGGAUUGGGCAAGAGGAUUAUAGUAAAUUAUGUCUACAAUUUCAUCAAGAGGAACUUGAGGCAGGGCGAUCAAGCGCUGGCGAUUCCACGCCGGCAUCUUCUGAAAGUCGGCAUGACAUAUGAGCUAUAGAGAAGUUCUUUCUCAGAGCCACACCUUCAGGGAACACCUCCCAUCAAGACAGUACAUGAAAAUGGAGGAUAUGAUACAAGAGUUGAUAACGUAAUCGCCCUAACUUUUAAUAAGAGUACAUGGUAGUUUCUUGGAUAAGGAAAUGCUUGGAACAUGAUGUAACUAGUCCUUUGCCAAAAACUUGUGUAGUUGCAGAAAGAAUCCACUUCAUAGUAAAAGUGAAUUAAUACGAUUUGUCAUGAAUUUCGUCUUCACAAAUUUCGUCUGUUUCAAGAGAGAGAGAGAGUUAGAACGUUCAAAUUAAUCCUAACACGAAAUAUUUGAGUUGGAAUUACUGU